AUGACAGAAAAUAUAACAUCUGAAUUGACUAAACUUACAAAAUUUAUAAUGAAAUAUUAUCACAAUACUGGAUUAAAUACACAAGAAUUUCAAUCUAUAUUAUAUUUAAAUAUUGGAAUUAGUAGAUCAUUGUUUAAUUUAGAAAAUAAUGAGCAACAUUUUUUAGAUAAUAUUAGUAAACUUCCUGAAAUAACAAAUUCAAAAUAUCAUAAACCAAAAGGUCAUCCUCUGAAGCAUCUUAAAUUAUCAACUAAAGAAA